UUUAAUAAGUUCCAGUGAAAGUAAGGCUAUUGUCAGUGGAGCAGCAGAACUCUUUCUGACACCACACUCAUCACCAUGGCGCUGCACAAUACCUGGGUGGUCCUGAUGCUGGUCCUUAGCCUUCGUGGUCAAGUUCAAGCAGGGAAAAUCUUUGGGGGACGCAAAGCUGUCCCUCAUAGUAGACCCUACAUGGUGCUUUUGGAAACGAGAAUGUGGAAUGACGAAACCAGAUUUUGUCAAGGCUUCCUGAUCAGCAAUCAGUUUGUGGUGACAGCUGCUGACUGCCAGGCCUGUAUCUAUAACGUCUAUGUAGGUCUUGAUAAGUUCAAGAAUGAUCAACCUCCGAAGGCCAUUCAAGUGAGUCGAGCAUUUCCACAUGAGGACUUCAAUAAUGAAACAAAAAUCAACAACUUGAUGUUACUGCAGUUAAGCGAGAAGGUAAACUUCACAGACCAUGUCAGACGGAUUAAUUUAGCAAGCCAAGGUGAUCAUCUGCCUCAACGCUGUAUAGUCUCUGGCUGGGAAUUUAGCAGAAAAAAACAGAUGGCCAGGAGGCUGAGGGAAGUUGAGGUCACACUUGUGAAUCGUACACACCCUGCUGAGCUCCAUGCAUACUUCUCCCUUGGAAGAAUUGGACCUUCAAUGGGAGACUCUGGUGGUCCACUUGUUUGUGAAGGUGAAGUGGCGUACGGUGUUGUGUCAGGCGGCACAAAGUGCUUAAAAGUGUACACUAAAAUCCCAGACUAUCUUGGUUGGAUUGAAGGCCACAUGAGGAAAAAGUGAAUCCAGAUUGUCAUCGUUAAUAUGCUCAUGCUUUGUUAACCAUGUUGAUGAAUAAAUCGGUUUCACAAAGCUGUUGUUUUUCAUCAAAUGGGACACAUUUAUGGAGAGAAUAAAAUAAAAAUGAACAUCUAGCUUACCAGAAUAGCAUACAUUUGUUAAUGUGCGUGUACAGGUUUUGGUACCCCGCUCCCCCAAUGAGCCGGGUUCCAGGUACGAAUGACACGUUAAGCGUGGGUUAAGCCGCACUCGGCAUUUUUUGCAUACAUCUCAUGUUCCUUCCAAAUGUCAGUCCUCGUGCUCCAUUUAAAGUGUCUUCCUGGCUAUCCAGCCAGGCGUCUCCCAUCUCGCUGAUUGGGGUUCAACGGGUGCUCUCCGUCGCCGGCUGGUGGAUGACGGUAGUAUUUUCCGUCCAGGAUGAAACCUCGGGUCCGUCCGGACCGAGGUUUUAAGGGGCUGGACGCCACAAUGUGUCUAUGCACCUUUUCUAAAGCACCUAUAAUAUAACUAUCAUCCGACCCCAAUAUACAAUUUGGGAUAUCUUGAACUAAAUAAGCUGGUUAAAAUUAAGAAAACACUGCCACCUGGUGUUUAUACGUUUAAUGAA